GCAGAGAUGUUGCGGAGCAUCAAAAUUUGAAUUUGGUGAUAGUUUAGAUUUUACAGUUAGGUAGAUGGAUAUUGCAAAAAAGUCGAUAACAAAAUGGUGCCUGAAGUUAAGAAGAGGAAGUUGAAUAAGAAGGAACAGAAGGUUAGACUAGAUCAAUGUGAAUAUUUCUUACCUAAUAAGAAUAGAAGAUGUUCUAUGCAGAGGAAAGCAGAUCAAAAAUAUUGUUCACAACAUUUGAUUCACGAUGAAGAUCAUAAAGAUGAAAGAGUUCCAUGUCCCUUGGAUCCAAAUCAUAGUGUUUGGGUACGUGAUUUACCAUAUCAUUUGCAAAAAUGUAAUUCUAAACCAAAAGAAGUACGAGAAUAUUGGUUUACAGAAGAUAUUAAUUGCAGUUUAAAGACAGAAGGUAGUGAUACAAGUUCCCAGAUUGAACAAGAAAGUAAUGAAGCAGACGUUGACGAAAAAGGUUUAUAUAAUAAGUAUAUUCCAUUGCUUCAAAACAUAACAUUUGAUUCAUUAACCACAAAGAUAAGUCAACAUAAAGGACUUCAUUCUCGAUUAUCAGAAUUAUCAAAUCAAAAACAUGCAUUACAACAAUCAUCUUUGAUAGGUAAUAUGAGAGAUGCCAACUUAUUAGGAUUAGAUAAGUUCUAUGUGGAGUUUGGAUGUGGUAGAGGUGAGUUAUCUCGAUAUGUUAACGCAUGCAUACUAGAGGAUUUAAAAGAUAAUAAAGAUCAAAUUAUAAAACCUGAUAGUUUUGGGUAUGGAUUUGUGGAUAGAGGUUUAAAUAGAAUGAAGAUGGAUAGUAAGAUUAUCAAGGAUUCGAGUGAUUCAGGCAUAGAUAUCAAGAUCAAACGAACAAGGAUGGAUAUAAAAGAUUUGAAUCUCGAUAAAUUUAUAGAAGAUAUUAAUCCUAAAAAAGUAGUUGGAAUUUCAAAACAUCUUUGUGGAGCUGCCACUGAUCUUACUUUAAAACUGAUAUUGAAUUCUGCUUUACUUAGUGAUAAUAUUGAAAGAUUUGGAGGAUUAAUGAUUGCCAUGUGUUGUCGUCAUGCAUGUUCAUAUGAUCAAUUGUUACCUCAAUCGAAGGAAUACUUGGCUCAAUAUGGGUUUAAAACUGUUGAUUCAUUCAAUAUACUUAAAAAGAUUGUAUCUUGGUCUGUAUGUGGAAAAGGUAGUAAAACUGCAGUUGAUAAAGAGGAAGAUGAAGAAGAAGCAGAACAAAACCAUUUAAGUGGAUUGCAAUUUAAGCAACGAGAACAGAUUGGAUUCAUAGCAAGAAGAUUAAUUGAUGAAAGUAGAGUUCAUGCAUUAAGAUCAUUAUUGACUAAUGAUAAAGUCAAUGUUGAGAUGUUCUUAUAUACCACCAAAGAUACUACAUUAGAAGAUGUAUGUUUAUCAAUUACACCUGUUUAAUAGAUAUAAACAAAUUAAUAAGAUUUUUUUUAUUAAUUAGAAUGAAAUAUACAUUUAUGAUUGAAGAACAAACAAAG